AGCAUAAUUUUAAAUGCGGAGGCUUAACACUUCUUGCUAAACAAGUCUGAUCACUUCUAGUCUGAAUGAGUCUUUCUAGUAUAACUUGGGAGAAAGCCAGAGCUUCGUAAAGACACAGCCUGACGACAACAUCUUAGAAGAGAGAGAGAAUAAUUUUAAAUAUACCUAUGGCAAGUUAUAAACUUAAGAGAGGAUUGGCCUUUGCUGGGACAAUUACAGUUUUCUUUUGUUUAAGCUUCUGGUACUACUCAUUUUCAAACAAGAUAAUGAACUUGAAGAUCCCAAUAGAGGAUAAAAUAAAACCUUCAGAAAUCCAAAAGAACGUUGAUGAAAUCUUAAGCCAAAUAGAAAGGGUAAUAACAAAGGUUGCUCUAUUGCAUAAGGACAACACCACCUGUUCUGAAAAAAGCAAAGCCACCAUAGUAAAUCCUAAAAACAUUUACUGUGUCGGAGACCAUUUGGUUGUACAAGUUGACAUGUUUGACUAUUUGGGUAACAGAAAAACAUAUGGAGGAGACUACCUAAGAGCAAGAAUCUUUACAAAAGAACUUAAUGCAGGAGCAAGUGGAAGAAUUGAAGAUUUUCAUAAUGGAACUUACCAUGUUCAUUUCACUCUCUAUUGGGAAGGUAAAAUUGAUUUGUCUAUUCUUCUCAUACACCCAAGUGAAGCAGUUUCUGUACUUUGGAAUAUACGAAACUUGUGGUAUGGUAAUAUAGAUUACAGUGGCAAAUUUACAUAUCAAAAUAAGCAAACUGAAACCAAGUGUGGAUUUGAUCUCAAUAAAUCAGAGGAACUGUGUGAAUAUAAUGACCAGAGAGAUGAAGAAUAUUUUUACUGUAUGAAACCUCCGAACUAUGAGUGUGACAUGCUUACAGAGACAAAAAGCUGGUUUACUGGACGUUCAAAAUUUACAGAGCUUGAAGCAAGCCUCUUUGACAAGUCCAGCCUCAGAGUGGAAAUACCAAAGGACUUUGAAAGUGUUAUUGUAACAACCUGUAAUAAUAAUUCAGACACCAUAAACAAGGAAAGAUGUAGAAUUGGAAUGAAAUUAGAAUAUCCCAGUGGUCAUUUUAUGAAUAAUUUUUGGAUACCUCAUGCAUGUAGCAUGAAGACUAACCACAACUUGGAAGAACUUAAUACAUGCAUGCAAGGAAAGGUUAUAUACAUAUUUGGAGAUUCGACCCUGCGACAGUGGAUGUUGUACUUUAGGAGUAAACUGAAUGAAAUGACAGUUUUGAACCUUUAUGAAAGUGGCUGGGCACAAAAGAUUUGGGGCAUUGACCUAAAGAGGAAUAUGAGAGUAAGUUGGAAAAGACAUGGCAACCCAUUUAUUAGCAGUUCAUACCAGUCUUGCAGAGAGGAUCGCACCAUUCCACGAGAAAUCGACUUGAUUGGGGGGCAUGAUAAAACUGUGGUUGUCCUUAAUGUAGGUUAUCAUUUUAGGCCUUAUCCAGUUCACCACUUCAUCAGGAGACUCAUCAACAUACGAAGGGCAUUGGUGCGUCUUUUUCGACGAAGCCCUGAAACUAAGGUUAUACUUAAAACAGAGAACCUUGUGGCUACAAGUACUACUCAUGAAACAAAUUCAGAUUUCCAUGGUCUCAUUCACUACUUUGUAUUUGAACUCAUCUUUAAAGAUCUAAAUGUUGGAUUUGUAAAUGGAUGGGACAUGACUGCUGCAUUUGAUGCAAAAGAUGUUCAUCCUCCUCCAGAAUACAUCCAGAAUGAAAUUGAUUUAUUUAUGACUUACAUCUGUUAAUGAACCCAUGAAACUCUUCUCAUAAUGAUAAGAAGUUAGAGCUAUGGCAGUAAUAUUAGAAGUGAUCAAAACAUCAUACAACCCAACUGGUUAACUAGGUAGUUGUCACAUUUUCAGAGGUGCACCAAGUUCUAGGGGGACCUGCAGUGCUUUCCAUUUAUGUCAGUGCCAAAGGCAAGUAACAAUUAUUUGAUUUUGCCUACAAACUAAAUUAGUGUUUUUUUGUUAUGUAGGAACAACAAAUAAUGUAAGUUAAAUCUAGUGUAAUAAUUAGUAGUCAUCCAUAAAUAAUAAUUAUGGCAGACUGUACUCAAGUUUUUGAUACAUGCAUGAAAACACUUUGCUAAUUCAGUUAGUGUAAAUUAGCAUUAACCCCUGUCUAAUUCUGAUGUAUGUACUUUUAUAAAAAGCACACCCAAAGUUUUUAUACACAGAAUUUUUGCCUAAAGAAAGUUUGAUGUCGAAAUGUGAUAAAUGUUAUCCUAGAUUUUACUCUCUUUUGGUGUUUAAUUAAAUACACAUUUAUGUC